GCAAAAUGAACAGAAGGGGAGUUUUUAUCCUCUUGAUAAUGACGUACUAUUUUCGGUUAACUUACCGCGUUUUCUAAGUGUGCAGAAAGAAAGAUGAUUUGUGGAGAUUAUAAGGAGUCGAAAUUUAUUUAAUCUCAUGGGAGAGAUGGUGAUUUUAUCUGCGCAAGUAACACAUAGCUAUUAGCUAUAAAUUUGCGAACGAUUCUGACGAUCAUGUGGCGAUAUUCUUGGCCCAAAGUACGCGGGAUAGUCAGGAAUUUGAUACAUACAGUGCAACAGGCAAAACUAUACAAUAGCCGGUACAGAAUACUCAGGGAUAGGGGCAAAUGACAAAAGAAAGGGCGAGUCAGAGAUGGACAACUAUGGCAUGGAGUCAGUGAGCAGGACCAAAAGAGCAGUCUUUGCAAUCACUGGAAUGACAUGCAACUCUUGUGUGAAAACAAUUGAGCAAAACAUGCGUGGAUGUCCUGGAGUCAUAUCCAUCAAUGUUUCUUUAAGCAAUGAAGAGGGAAUCAUUGUCUUUUCUUCAUCUCAAACCUCACCAGAGAUGCUCAUGCAGGAAAUUGAAGAUAUGGGUUUUGAUGCAUCCAUAAAAUCUGUUGUUGUGGUCGAGCACGGAGAGGAGCCAGCAAGUGAUGCAAAUGACAAACAAAUACCCACUAAUGAGUCGCAUAAAGAUACAACUGAGCUAGUGCAGUCUUCACAAAGUAAAGUAGAGAAACCACAUGAUGCUAAAGUAUUUCUAACAAUAAAGGGAAUGACAUGUGCAUCCUGUGUAUCACUCAUUGAAAAGACAUUGGGGAAAAAACAUGGUAUACAGUCUGUUCUGGUUGGUUUACUGGCACAGAAGGCAGAAGUUAAAUAUGAUCCAACGUUGAUCAAACCUGAACAGAUUGUCGCCGAAGUCGUUGAAAUUGGUUAUGAAGCAGAGGUGAUCGGUUAUGACGAUGAAACAGUCACUUUAGAAAUACUGAUUAAAGGGAUGACUUGUUCAUCGUGUGUUUCACUAAUCGAGUCAAACUUGCUGAAACGAAGCGGAGUCCUCGAAGCGUCCGUUUCCCUUGCGAGUAUGAAGGCCCGUGUCAAGUUCGAGUCAGAGAAAGUCGGACCCAGGGAUAUUUUGGAGCUAAUCAUUGGCCUCGGUUAUGGGGCGGAAUUAGCCGACCAUAAAAACGCCGCAGAACACGUCAGUCAUAAGUCGGAAAUAUCAAAAUGGAGGAGAUCAUUUCUUAUAUCCCUUGUAUUUGGUGCUCCUGUCAUGAUAUGUAUGAUCAUAUUCUCAUUGCUAAAAAGCAAUGGUAAAGACCCACACCUCGAUAUCAUCUCUGGACUUUCAUUGGAGAACCUACUUUAUUUCCUUUUGUGUACCCCUGUACAGUUCAUCGGCGGUCGGAAUUUCUACAUUUCUGCCUAUAAAUCUCUGAAACAUAAAGCAGCAAGCAUGGAUCUUCUGAUCAUGUUGGCGACAACGAUUGCAUACGUCUACUCGGUCGCUGUGUUAUUUGUCGCGAUGGUCUUACAGUUUUCCAAAAGUCCCAGAACGUUCUUCGAAACCCCUCCAGCACUUCUUAUUUUUAUUGGACUUGGUCGUUGGCUGGAACACAUUGCGAAAGGCAAGACCUCCGAGGCGCUCGGAAAGCUCCUCUCGUUGCAGCCAAUGGAAGCUCUGCUGUGCAAAGUUGAUCCAGUCACAGGAAAUAUCAUUAGUGAGGCUAUGAUUGACGUUGAUAUAGUGCAACGAGGAGAUAUAUUGAAGAUUUUACCCGGUGGAAAAAUUCCGGUAGAUGCACGUGUUGUUGAAGGAUCCUCGAUGGCAGACGAGGCGCUUAUCACCGGGGAACCAAUGCCGGUGCCAAAACAUCCCGGCGACCGGGUGAUUGCAGGAUCUAUCAAUCAACAUGGAGCGCUUGUUGUUGAAGCAACUCAUGUAGGCAAAGACACAACUUUGUCGCAAAUCGUGAAGUUGGUGGAAGAAGCUCAAACCUCCAAGGCACCAAUCCAGAAGUUGGCGGAUACGAUAGCCGGAUAUUUUGUUCCCGUCAUAGUUUCCUUAUCAUGUGUCACGCUUAUUAUCUGGAUCAUUAUUGGUUACGUGGAUGUGGACAUUAUCUCCGACUCGCGUGACCCCGAGUUCAGUGACAAUGAAGUGAUAUUUCAGUUUGCAUUUUUAACCUCGAUCACAGUUCUCUCUAUCGCUUGUCCGUGUGCCCUGGGCCUAGCCACCCCCACCGCGGUCAUGGUCGGCACGGGGAUUGGUGCCCAAAAUGGAAUCUUAAUCAAAGGAGGGGAACCGUUGGAGACAUGCCAUAAGGUUUCGACAGUUGUAUUUGAUAAAACGGGAACACUCACUCAUGGCCGUCCUUCGGUUAUGAAAACAGCGCUGUUCGUGGCACCCGAAGUCUGUAGUUUGCGCGAGCUGUUAGCCGUGGCCGGUACAGCGGAGGCAAACAGCGAACAUCCCAUCGCUUCUGCCAUCACGACGUACGCCAAAGAGAUACUUGAGACAGAACAAUUUGGUCAGUGUUCUGAUUACCAAGCUGUACCGGGUUUUGGCCUUCAGUGUACAAUUUCCGGGGUCGAAAUUAUCAUGAAAGAAAAGAAACGGCUUUCGGAUACCGACGCGAUACCUUCGUCUAGCAAUGAAAACACAGGCCAAGUGUAUUCAACACUUAUCGGAAAUCGUAACUGGAUGGCUCAGAACGGACUGACUGUGUCGAAGGAUAUGGACGAGACGAUGGAACAACAUGAAUGCAAAGGGCAUACCGCUGUCCUUAUAGCGAUCAACGGUGUUCUUAUUGGCAUGAUUGCUGUGGCAGAUACGAUAAAAAAGGACGCACCAACGGCAGUUUCGACGUUAAAGAAGAUGGGAAUCAAAGUCGUCUUAUUGACUGGGGAUAAUGAGAAAACUGCAUGGGCAAUAGCGACACAGCUUGGAAUCAAACACGUAUUUGCUCAAGUCCUGCCCUCAGACAAGGUAGAUAAAGUGAAGUCACUUCAAACUGACGGUGACACGGUUGCCAUGGUUGGCGAUGGCGUCAAUGAUUCGCCUGCUCUUGUGGCCGCCGAUGUCGGCAUCGCCAUUGGGACUGGGACGGACGUUGCUGUUGAGGCUGCCGAUGUCGUUCUUAUUAAGAGUGAUUUAAUGGAUGUAGUGACAUCGAUUGAUUUAUCACGAGUCACAGUACGUCGUGUAAGAUUGAACUUUGUGUAUGCCUCAAUAUACAACCUGGUUGGGGUUCCAAUAGCGGCCGGGGCUUUCCAUACCCUCGGAGUUACCCUGCAACCCUGGAUGGCAUCUGCGGCGAUGGCUGCUUCUUCGGUUUCAGUUGUACUCUCGUCGCUUUUAUUAAAAUUGUACAAAAAGCCGGUAGGAUGCAAUGUUCGAACUGGACAGAAAUCGAUGAAAAAAUCAUACUCUCUGGUUUAUCAAAACGAGCCUACGUUAGACUCGAAUACGGGAAUCGAGUUGAAAAACGUAAAAGUUUAAUACACAAAGGUUGGAGGUUCGCAAGUUGAUAGAAGAAAUUAUUGAAGGCAAGUAAGUAGAAGAGUGAAGAAAAAAAUAUUGAGGUAGUUGACGAAGGAUAAGCAAAGUCGGGAAAUGGAUAGCUUGGAUUAGUCGUGAAGUUGCAAUCAAGAUAUGACGAGGUAGAUUUUAUGAUUUUUGAUGGAAGACAUGCAAUAUAUAACUCAUUCGAAUUCAACAAUGCAUUGUCUGUAAAUUAAGAUAGAGAUUUAAGAUUGAUAAGAUCAGAUAAAGAAUAUUGAAUCUUGGGAUGUUGGCAUAACGGGUUAUAGGCCUGUUUUUAUGAUAUUUUUCGCGCGAAGCGAUUUUAUUCCUUUGUAUUCGAACGUGAUUUGUUCCAGAUGGUAAAGUUGACAGGUUUGAAACAAAAGUAAAUGUUGCUUCGCAAAAAAAUCAUCUCCAGAGUCCAAUCGAAAACCAGCCUAACAUUUGUCGUGCUGACUCAAAUUAAAGUAUAUUUAUUAUGGGGGAGAUGAAUAUUUAGAUUAUCGAUAAAAACCAACUAUAAAUACCAAAUACAACUAUAAAUGUUUAGUUAUAGCAUUUUUCAAAUUGUCGAAACUUGCAAGCAAAUGUUGGAGACAUUUACGUGAUAAUAUUCACAGUAUAAUAACCUCAUUUAUACUGGAUAACAUAAAUUAGUAAACAUUUUACAAUAAACAAGCGCUGAAGUAGUUUAUUUCACACCAUUUCGGUGUGAAACUCGGCCUAUGGUACAAACAAUAACAAAAUACGAAGUUUUCUAUAAAUAUUCGGAAUUAAAAUAUUAACAAUGAGACGUACUUCGGAUUUCUAGGAAUAUACAUAUACAUAUAACUCGUUAUACUUUUCGUAAUAAAUAUGGACAAUCUAAAGAUGGUUAUUGGUUGUGCGGGCGGGGGAAGGGAGGGCCCAGAAAACAAGGGAGAGGGGUACACUUUCCCUUCUGGCUAAUUGUAU